AUGGCCAUAGAUACAAAGAAAAAGGAAAUAAAACUUGAACUUGGUAUUUGUAUAGAGAAAAAGGGGAGUCCCGGGGUUUGGCACGCAUCCAGCUUGGCUUGUUGGACUGAAUUACACUCUCUAUGCUCUGCUACGCUGUUUCUAUUCACUCUGCUCCCUCACCGGAACUCGCAAAACCCUAAUCGCUUCCGCGAAACCUUCGCUUCAAUCUUCUCGGUUCUCGCUCCCUCCUCUCACUUCCGAACAGUUCCACCGCUUCUUUCUUCGAUAGGGUACGUCCUCUCACCUUCCGCUGCAAUCCAUUUAUCGCUGCAAUUGCGAAUUCCGUUGAGUGCUUCGUCUGUGCAGAUGGCAGGGGCGGAGAAUAGUGAUGGGAGCGAAACUGAACGGGAAUUAGCGGGGAAUGGCGAUAACGGUUUCGUGGAAGAUGUGGAGUCUAGUGCCUCUGCUGAUUAUGAAGGGAAUGACAACAUUUCUUAUGCGAACGUCUUGCGUUCGAGGAACAAAUUUGCUGAUGCUCUUGCUAUCUACGAGCGUGUCUUGGAGAGGGAUGGUGCAAAUGUGGAGGCGCUCAUUGGGAAAGGAAUAUGCCUUCAGAUGCAUAAUAAGGGAGGGCUUGCGUUUGAGAGUUUUUUUGAGGCUAUCAAACUGGAUCCUCAAAAUGCGUGUGCUCUCACGCAUUGCGGCAUUUUGCACAAGGACGAAGGUCGCCUAGUGGAGGCUGCUGAGGGCGGUUUAAUGUAUGGCGAUGUGGGAUUUCCAUCGUGGCCAGAUGUCCCAGAAUGGUGUUACAGAUUAGUGGUGGCAGAAAUUGUGCCCCAGUCCCACACCGCAGCCCUGUGCCUCCUUAGAAUGGAAGAAGUAGAAAUUGUGGUUCAGGGCAUCCAGACCAAGAUGAAGGGCAAAAGAAACCCUAAUUUUCUUAAAACUGAUUCAUAUCAGAAGGCUUUACGAGUGGAUCCUUCAUACAUAGCAGCUGCUGAAUGCCUUGCCAUUGUUUUAACAGAUAUUGGUACCAACACAAAGCUAGCUGGAAACACUCAGGAUGGAGUUCAAAAAUAUUUUGAAGCCCUCAAAGUAGAUCCACACUAUGCUCCUGCAUACUAUAAUCUUGGUGUGGUCUAUUCAGAAAUGAUGCAAUAUGACAUGGCCCUCACAUUCUAUGAAAAAGCUGCAUCAGAGAGGCCAACUUAUGCUGAAGCAUAUUGCAAUAUGGGUGUUAUUUUUAAAAAUCGUGGUGAUUUGGAUUCAGCUAUUUCUUGUUAUGAUAGGUGUUUAUCUGUUUCACCUAACUUUGAGAUUGCAAAGAAUAAUAUGGCUAUAGCUUUGACGGAUUUAGGAACGAAGGUUAAAUUGGAGGGGGACAUCAACCAAGGUGUGGCUUUGUAUAAGAAAGCUCUAUAUUACAACUGGCAUUAUGCUGAUGCCAUGUAUAAUCUUGGGGUUGCUUAUGGUGAGAUGCUUAAGUUUGAUAUGGCCAUUGUAUUCUAUGAACUCGCCUUUCAUUUCAAUCCACUUUGUGCGGAAGCAUGUAACAAUCUUGGUGUUAUAUAUAAAGAUCGUGAAAACCUUGAUAAAGCUGUAGAAUGCUACCAGCUUGCUUUGUUAAUCAAACCUAAUUUUUCACAGUCGUUAAAUAACCUUGGUGUUGUAUACACUGUCCAGGUUGAGUAUGGUACAAUUCCUGAAUUUUUGAGUUGUCAAAUAUCUUCGGUAAGUGAUAAUCUUUUCUUCCUUCUUCAGGGUAAAGUGGAUGCUGCUGCAAGAAUGAUUGAGAAAGCUAUCACUGCAAAUCCGACAUAUGCAGAAGCAUACAAUAACCUAGGAGUUCUUUAUAGAGAUGCUGGUGAUAUAGCUCGAGCAAUUGAUGCCUAUGAGCAGUGUCUUAAGAUUGAUCCUGAUUCUCGAAAUGCUGGCCAGAGUGAGCUUCUAGUUUGGGAUAUUGGUUGUAAAAACCGCUUACUUGCAAUGAAUUACGUAGAUGAAGGAAUUGAUGACACACUUUUUGAGGUUCACAGGAGUUGGGGUAGACGAUUCAUGAAACUAUAUCCACAGUACACAUCGUGGGGCAACUCAAAAGAUCCUGAACGGCCCCUUGUGAUAGGCUAUGUUUCGCCUGAUUAUUUUACCCAUUCUGUGUCAUAUUUCAUAGAAGCGCCUCUUGUCUAUCAUGACUACUCCAAUUUCAAAGUGAUUGUUUAUUCUGCAGUUGUCAAGGCAGAUGUUAAAACCAUUAGAUUUAGAGAAAAAGUUACAAAGAAGGGUGGUAUCUGGAAAGAUAUUUAUGGAAUUGAUGAAAAGAAAGUUGCCAACAUGGUUAGAGAAGAUGAAGUUGAUAUUUUGGUAGAACUUACAGGUCAUACCGCGAACAAUAAAUUGGGGAUGAUGGCAUGUCGGCCUGCACCAAUUCAGGUGACUUGGAUUGGUUAUCCCAAUACAACAGGAUUGCCUACAAUUGAUUAUAGAAUCACUGAUUCUUUGGCAGACCCUCCUGAAACAAAGCAGAAACAUGUCGAGGAGUUGGUUAGAUUGCCAGAAUGUUUCCUUUGUUACACCCCUUCCCCUGAGGCUGGUCCUGUCUGUGCAACUCCAGCGCUUUCCAAUGGCUUCAUCACAUUUGGCAGUUUCAACAAUCUUGCCAAGGUUGCAAUUAUGUUGAAGCAUAUUACACCAAAGGUAUUGCAGGUUUGGGCAAGGAUACUGUGUGCAAUUCCGAAUUCCCGCCUUGUGGUAAAAUGCAAACCAUUUUGCUGUGAUAGUGUGCGACAGAGAUUCCUUUCAACACUAGAGCAGUUAGGCUUAGAACCGCUACGUGUUGAUCUUCUGCCCCUUAUUCUUCUUAACCAUGAUCAUAUGCAGGCCUAUUCUCUUAUGGACAUCAGUUUGGAUACAUUUCCAUAUGCUGGAACAACAACUACUUGUGAAUCUUUAUAUAUGGGAGUUCCAUGUGUCACUAUGGCUGGUUCAGUACAUGCACACAAUGUUGGUGUUAGUCUUCUAACCAAAGUUGGGAUGGAGCAUUUGAUUGCCAGAAAUGAAGAUGAAUACGUUGAAUUGGCUCAGAAGUUGGCUUCUGACAUUUCCGCACUACAUAAUUUGAGAAUGAGUCUGCGAGAUCUCAUGUCCAAGUCCCCUCUCUGUGAUGGUGCAAAAUUUAUCUUAGGUUUAGAGUCAACUUACAGAAAUAUGUGGCACAGGUAUUGUAGAGGAGAUGUGCCAUCUUUGAAACGCAUGGAAUUGUCAGAAGAAGUUGCUAUGGGUGACCGGUCAAGUAAGAAUUCUGAACCAACAAGAACUACAAACUCAAGGGAGGGCAGUCCUGGGUAUGUCAGGGCCAAUGGAUUUAACACAAUGCCCGUGUCAAAGCUUAACAUAAACAAUUUCGAAGAAAACGGUGGGUCAUCAAAUCCUCGUAGUAAACAAGGGAAGCCGAGUUAA